AUCUAUUCUCACUCCCUCUAUAAAUCCCUGAGCUCUCCAAGGCGAAACCCUAGAGUUCGCAUUUGAGCGGCGCAGCAGAAGGUGUAAAGAGAUCUAAGUUCUUCUUCCGCUCAAGUUGAGAAGAUGUCGACUUCUGAGAUAGCUUGCACUUACGCUGCUUUGAUCCUCUACGAUGAUAACAUCUCAAUUACUCCAGAGAAGAUUGCCACUCUCUGCAAAGCUGCCAACGUGACAAUUGAGUCUUACUGGCCAGCCUUGUUCGCCAAGCUUCUUGAUAAACGCAAUGUAGAAGAUCUCCUAUUGAAUGUAGGAGCUGGAGGUGGUGGUGCACCAGUUGCUGCUGCUGCACCUGCUGGAGGUGCUGCCGCUGGUGGUGGUGCUGCUUCUCCACCAGAGGAGAAGAAGGAGGAGCCUAAGGAAGAAAGUGAUGAAGACAUGGGCUUCAGCUUGUUUGAUUAAGAGACCUUUUUUGUGAUAUCUUGUUUUGGUUUAUGGAACUUAACUUUAGUAGCUUUUUGAACUAUCAUUAGUGUUUUGAUUUUCUUCCUUAUAUGAGUUUAUUAGAGUUGGUUUCUGAACAACUAUUCAUCAUACAUACAGAAGUACUUAAGACCUCAUUUUGGUGGUUACUUGUCCUAUCAAGUAUUGCAUUGCUAAGAAUUCAUGCUUGGAGGUAAAAUGUUUUCUCCAGCUAUAUGAUGCUAUCUUUUCUUCUUUGAGGAGUUACAUGAUAAUGAUACUGUCGUUGAUGCUGA